AUGCCUUCCGAAUUACCGAUCCACGCCGAAGGGCCGCCGUCCUCAGAGACCGCUCCUUUGCUUGGUCCCAAUGCCUCCGCCGCAAGCGAUGCCGCCGAGGUACGGUCUAAUGGCACAUUCCCGAAUAAGAACGGUUCGGUCGUCAGUACUAGCGAAACGGGCGACGUAGAAAGCGGCCAGGCUAGUGAUACUGACGACGAUGUGCCGAAAGGCGACGCCCCGAAGCUGAAAGUAAACUUGAAGGCGUUGUUCCCGGCGAUAGCCAUUGGUGUCUUCCUGGUCGCUAUGGAUCAGACAUUAACCAUCGCCACCUAUGGCAGAAUGGGUAGUGAUCUCAACGCGUUGAACUCGACAAGUUGGAUAUCCACUUCUUACUUCCUUACCUUGACGGCCUUCCAGCCGUUAUAUGGCAAGGUAUCCGAUAUCUUCGGCCGUAAGGAGUCCCUGCUGUUUGCGUACUUCGUCUUCGGAGUGGGUUGCCUAGGAUGUGGUCUAGCUCAGGAUAUUAUCCAGCUCUGCGUAGCCCGUGCCGUAGCUGGAAUUGGCGGCGGUGGCAUGAACGCCGUCGUCACUAUCCUUCUCACAGAUAUCGUGUCUCUUCGCGAUCGCGGCAUGUGGCAAGGCUACAUCAAUAUCAUUUUCUCUGCUGGUAUGUCAUCGGGUGCUCCUAUCGGCGGCCUGAUAGCUGAUAGCAUCGGCUGGCGAUGGGCCUUCACUGCGCAAUUUCCACUGUCUAUGAUCGCUUGGCUUGCCGUAUAUCUGGUGCUCCAUCUGCCCAAGACGGAUCACGCGCAUUGGACUACCAAAAUACUCCGUAUUGACUUCUUGGGUGCUUUUAUUCUCGUCUCGGCCGCGUUUGUGCUGCUAUUUGGCCUUGACAAUGGAAGUAACGAGGGUUGGGAUAAGAAGAUCACGAUCAUCCCUUUAGCUUUAACUCCGGUCCUCUUCGCCCUCUUUAUCCUAGUUGAAGUCAAAGUAGCCUCGGAACCAUUCGCGCCAGGACACAUCAUCUUAGACCCGCCAUUGCUGGCAGCGUAUAUGGCCAACUUCUUUGGUGUCGCGGCGCAGAUGGGCGUUCUGUUUUUCAUCGCGCUGUUCUUCCAAGCUGCAAUGGGCCUCUCGGCUACCGAGUCCGGGUUCAUGUUCAUACCCAGCACGUUCUUCGGACUUGCGGGGUCUCUGGGGGGAGGCAUUUUUAUGCGAAGUACGGGGAAAUAUUAUUGGAUCACGCUGCUUGGAUAUGCUCUUAUGAUUCUCAGCGUGGCGCCGAUGGUGGCAUUUACGGGUGUAGUGACAAAGUCAACCGUAGGUGUCAUCGUGGGAUUGUGUAUUACUGCGUUUGGUGGAGGUAUCUCAAUCACCAGCACUCUCAUCGCCAUAAUCGCCAACGCAGCUCCCGGCGACACCGCAGUAGCUAUCGCGUGCUCGUACCUAUUCCGAUCAUUAGGCACAACACUCGGAAUUAGCAUAUCGACAGCGGUCCUGCAGCAAGUGCUACGCACGGGACUCGCCGCCUCCCUCGGAGACGACGAUAACCGCGCUCGACAGAUCGAGGAGGGAGUCCGUCAGAGCUUGGAUUACAUACGCCAGCUCGAGCCCCAGAUCGCGGAGCUGGUGAGAUCUUGCUAUGCGGUUGCCGUACAAUGGGCUUUUCUCCCGGUUGUGAUUUUCGCGUUUAUGGCGGUGUUUGCGAGCGCGUGGGUUAGGGAGAAGAAACUUGAGGGGAGGUAG